AUGCCCGGGUUUGCAGCCCUGCAUUUAAAGCAUGCUCUUCAAAUCCAUAUUCCUGUUAGACAAUUACUCCAGCCCUCUCUCAAUUCUCGCCCAAGCCAAUUCAAUCUCCAGGUUCUCGCAACCAAAUAUGGUCUGAGCGGAGAGACACUAUUUCAACUCUACCUACUGUUAAAUCGAGCUGCGCAGAUGGCUGCACUAGCAAAACCAUCUUUGGCUGCUCAGGACCCGUCAAUUGAUUACAUUGAACCAACCAUGUCCAGCCCAUUGCCCCCAAAUGCGCCAAUUCAUACUGAAAUCCCUGUUGCCAAAACAGAUACUCGCAAGAACUCUACCGCUGGAAUCUUCGAUCCAGAGGCCAAUGUUGACGUCCUCGCUGACAAAGAGGAGGUCAAAAAAGCGCUAUCGCGGCCUCCACCAGUAAAUAGCGGCUAUCUACCACUGCCAUGGAAAGGCCGAUUGGGAUAUGCCUGCUUAAACACCUAUCUGCGCCCCUCUAACCCCCCCAUUUUCUGCGCACGUACCUGUCGCAUCUCCUCAAUUCUCGAAAACCGCCACCCUCUCCAGGAUGCCUCGCAGCCUCACCACUGGACCAAAAACAGGCCUGACCUGACCCAGCCGCCCGAUGUGGAGCGCGGAAUAGCAUACGUACAAGCCCUUGGUCUCGCGAAUGCGCGGGAUAUUGUAAAGAUGCUACGGUGGAAUGAGCGCUAUGGCAUAAAAUUCAUGCGCCUUUCGAGUGAGAUGUUUCCGUUCGCGAGCCAUGCGGAGCAUGGAUAUAGCCUGGAACCGUUUGCGGCGGAUGUGUUGGCGGAAGUUGGGAGGGUUGUAGCAGAGUUCGAGCAUCGGUUGACUGUUCAUCCAGGACAGUAUACGCAAUUAGCUUCACCGCGCCCGAGUGUCAUUGAAAAUUCUGUCCGGGAUCUCGAAUAUCAUGCUGAGAUGUUGCGAUUGCUGAAAUUGCCACCUCAACAGGAUCGCGAUGCCGUCAUGGUUUUACACAUGGGCGGCGUCUUUGGCGAUAAGCAGGCUACGCUUGAUCGUUUUCGGCAAAACUAUAAGACGCUAUCGACAGAUAUUAAGAACCGCCUUGUUCUGGAAAACGACGAUGUGAGCUGGACCGUCCAUGACCUUCUACCUAUCUGCGAGGAGUUGAAUAUUCCCCUCGUGCUCGAUUACCACCAUCACAAUAUCAAUUUUGACGCGGACAAGAUCCGGGAGGGAACGUUAGAUAUCAUGAGUCUCUACCGGUGCAUAUCGGCUACGUGGUCCAGGAAAGGCAUCACACAGAAAAUGCAUUAUUCAGAACCGACUCCGGGGGCGCUUACGAAAGCGCAACGCCGCAAACAUAACUCCCGUGUGCAGAUGCUACCGCCCUGUGACUCUACCAUGGACUUGAUGAUUGAAGCUAAGGAUAAGGAGCAGGCUGUCUUUGAGCUUAUGAGAAUUUACAAGCUCCCGGGCUUUGAGAAGAUAAAUGAUAUCAUCCCUUUCACGCGAUCGGAUGAUAAUAAAGUUAAACGCAGUGGCAAUGGGAAUCGGAAGAAGAAGGCUAUGCGGAAGAAGGCAUCUUCCACGCAACGAAAAAACAGUGUUGGAUUGGAUAAUGGUGAUGGUGAUGAUGAAAUAUUGACAACAACCAUCCCGGAGGAGGAGAUUGGCAUGGGCGGACCAGAAGGUCGCGUGUACUGGCCUCCCGGCAUGGAGCAGUGGUUACAUCCAGAAAAAUGCGCAACUUCUCUCGGGAUUGCAGAGGCAAUCGUGACGAAGAGCAGCGGAAGCCCCGUGCUAACUACGACCUCUGCGCCACCACGGAAAAGAUCGAGAUCGGCUAAGGAUACUGAUACCCCGUAUGCGAAGGCUGCUGUGGAACAGCCAGCUGCGGCGAAACGACGGAGGGCUAAGAAGACUAGUAUCGAAUCCUCUGGCAGUGAAGAUGGGGCUGCCGCUCCUAUCUCUGCUGCAGUACAUUUACAUACAUCCCAUAACCAAGCUCUACUUCACCUCUACCUGUUCCUCGAAACUUCCCUCGUUCUGGCUCCUCCACCUUUCCUCCGUUUGCGGUUUCAUAAGGCCAAGCCUGGCCUGAGACUCCGUACCACAUUCGCUUUUCUCCGAUAUCUCAUCCCACAUACCCGCAAUCGUAUUUGGACCAGAUUCCUAGACCUUCGACACGACGUAUUUCCGUCCUUUCGUCAGCGAGCCCAUCUUCGCGUCUAUCGGGCGAUUGCUAAUAGGCGACAGCUUAAGCUCAGACACAAGCAUCACAACGACCCAUCCUGUAGUCCUACCACUGCUAAGACAUCGGGAAAUAAAAGGCAACCUGGGCUGCUCUCGUUUCUGCUCUCAAAAUCGAGGAAGGGAAUUGGACCGGGACAUAGAAGGAGAGGAGCAACGACGGACCGUGCCUGUACCCAAAUUGGCUUUGAUUACCAUAGAGACAGUCGCAUUCUGGGUGCCAUUAGCCGGCAUUUGAGGAAUGUGGAGAAAGGUGACCGGAUGAUGACACCACAGUCUGGGCCUUCAGGCCCGUACCGGGAUGAUCCUACAAGUGAUGCUGGCUCCGGAUAUGGAUAUGGAUAUGGACAAGAGGGUGGUGGUCGAGAGCGUGGAGCUCGCAGGAAGAAAAUUUACGGCUACUUGAAGGCAGCGAAUGAGCUUCGCCAGUCCUAUUCGGCACAGUGGACACAGCGGAAUCAGGAUUAUGACGACGAUAUGCGGGACGUGCCCGGUGGAUUUCCGGAUGUCGAGACGGCAAGAUAUGCAGAUGAGCAAUUGAUUUUGUUUCCCAGUUAUGGACGAAGGCAUGUGAGAAAGGUUCCGGAGGUUGACUAUAGGGAUAUGGGUCAGGAGUCGUCGUUGUGGACGGACCCUGACGAUCUGCAGUCGACUGGUAAUAUGAAGUAUUGGAGACGGGAGUGGGAGGAAUAUGAGAUGGAUAAUGCGACCGUGGAUGUCGAUGUGAGGGGAUGGAUAUUUGCGCCUCAUCGGGGACCGAUGAAUAGGAGGAAUCGUAUCUUGAUCUCCCUAGCUAGACGGUUGAGUGGUAUACCGGCUCCCAAUACUUCUACUCUGGAGAGCAAGCCAACGCAAACAUCCCUGACUGAGGAAGCUUUGGUCGAAAAACAAGAACAAUCGAUCAUUAAUAAGUCUCAGAUGGACACGGAUCCGGAAUGGCGCGCUGGUUCUGGACGGGAUGCCGCACCUUCUAGAGCUGAAGUGGAACAAAAUUCAUAUUAUAACACCAAUGAAGAAAUAGCCGCCGCAAAUGCGCAACUGAUGGAACGGCUUCAACCCUUUUUGAACAACCCCAUCAACAGUGCGCCGAUUACGGUCUUCUUUUUUAAUGAAAAGAACAGCCAGUCACGGACAGUUUGUACUAAUGAUGGCGGACACUUCUCAGUUCGUGCAGCCCUUGACUUCGUCCCAACUCAUAUUAGGGUGCUGGCUUCCGAAAACCUAUCCGCUACGGAGGAGGUGAGAGUCAUCGAACCAACAGGAAUCAGUUUGAUUAGCGACAUCGAUGAUACUAUAAAGCAUUCCGGAAUCACAAGCGGGGCGAAGGAGAUCUUCAGGAAUACCUUUGUACGCAAUCUUGGAGAUCUUACCGUACUUGGUGUGAAUGAGUGGUAUUCAAAAUUAGCAGAUAUGGAUGUGAGGAUACAUUACGUUUCGAAUUCCCCAUGGCAGUUAUAUCCCUUGCUCAAGAGCUUUUUCAGUUUGGCCGGUCUUCCCCCAGGAUCGUUUCACUUGAAACAGUACUCGGGAAUGCUGCAAGGAAUAUUUGAGCCUACCACAGAGAAGAAGAGGCCAACGCUCGAAAGGAUCAUGCUUGAUUUUCCGGAGCGCCGGUUCAUCCUUGUAGGCGACAGCGGAGAGGCAGAUCUAGAAUUAUAUACCGAGUUAGUGCUCGCAAACCCGGGGAGAAUACUGGGGGUAUUCAUUCGAGACGUGACGACACCGCAGACAAGCAAAUUCUUUGAUAAAUCGUUUACUCAUGUUGAAAAACCUCUAUCCCGAACUCCCACCUCAGAUCCUCCUCCCCUUCCGGAACGCUCAAGUGAGCCUGAGACCCAACGCCCAAAUUUACCUCCUCGAAACUAUCUUGAACGAAAAGAUCAGGCGAAGGAUGAAACUAGCUCAGCAAUGAAUGAUCUCAUUGGUCAAAGGAUUGGAGAUGAACCUGCUCCAGUGAACAAAACUGAGCUUGCCAAAAUCCCUUCCAAUAAUCGACAGGCACCCCCCCUCCGACCUUCCAAACCAGCAGCUCUUCGGAGCGGAGCCGUCGAAGCGGAUGGAGAUAAGAAAGACUCGCCAUCAUCCAGCGUCCGGCGAAAGCCCGUUCCGCCCCUCCCAGAAAAGCCGCGAAGUUUAUCAUCUUUACAAUCCCAAGGAAACCCAGAAACUUCGUCUGCUCCUAUCUGCUCCACUGAUUCAUCUCAGGCUACCAGACCAGCUCCGCCAAGUCGCUCUUCAACCAGACAAUCGCUGAACAAUCAACAAUCCGCCGGAAACGGGGAGAGCUACGCCGCUAUUGUCCAGGAUAAGAUUACAAACAUAUACAACCAGCUCCCAUCUGCACGGUCAUAUUGGGCGAACGAGAACCCUCCCGCCACGUAUCCGUCCACAGAACAGGCACCACCUUCUCGUCCAGCUACGAAACAACCGCCGCCACCGCUCCCUCCGCCCCGUCGCAGCACAAACAGCGCCUCUUCAAGCCAAUCCACGCUGCUGACCCAAACCACCCAACCCCAGGCUCAAUCUCACUCCAAAGCGUCCACAGCGCAGGACCAACGCUAUGGUAACAUAUCCCUCUCCCACUCCCCAUCCCCCUCCUCCCAAUCACCCACCCCACCCCUACCUUCCCGCAAAGGAACAGACACACCUCCACGCCCACUAUCAUUGUCAUACUCCUACACCUCCCCCUCAACAUCACCCACUCCGGGCCCCACGGCCCCAACGGCAGCAACACUGCGAAAUAAGCGAGAGGAAAUCUGGAGGCGGCGAUGGGCGAGGGCGAAGGAUAUUCUGGAUCGGCAAGGGGUUGUGCUGAUGAGUUGGAGGGUGGGUGAGGAUGUAAAGGAUGUUUGUAUGAGGUUGAUUGAGAGGGCGGGGAGGGAAGGGGGGAGUGGUAAGUAG